CCGAGACCGGCCUGUGCCAGCCGCUAUCGGCCUGUUUCCCCCUCUAAAGGUCUCCUUUCUGUCCCUGCUGUUUCUCUCCCCAGGUGGCUGCGAGUGGCCCGGGCCGACGACGUGAGGCGCGGGGCGACGGUCAAUGUUAUUUGAGCGGGGGCCGCGGGCCUCGGCGAUCGCAGAGCAGAGGAUGCAGAAAGCCGCCUACUACGACAACGCGGGGCUCUUCGGGGGCUACACAUACAGCAAGGCCGACGCCUACCCCUACGGCGCGGCCCACCAGCCCUACGGCCAGGCCGGCCUGGACGGCGAGUACCCCGGCUCCGCCUGCUCCGUCCAGGGCUCGGCGCCCGGCCGAGCUCCGGCCCACAAGGGCAGCGAGCUGAGCGGGAGCUGCAUGCGGCCGGGCGGGGGCGGCCCCGGGGGCAGUCAGCCCCCGGGGAUCGGCGAGCAUCAGCCCCCGGCCUUGCCGCCCUCCUCCCCGCCCAACCCCCCUCCCAGUGUGCCCCCUCCGAAAAAAGCCAAGGGGGGGCCCAAUUCCUCGGGCUCGGCCAGCGCCACCCUCAGCAAGCAGAUAUUUCCUUGGAUGAAGGAGUCCCGGCAGAACUCCAAGCAGAAAAGCACCUGCGGAACCAAUGUCUCUUUGUGCCUCUUCCCCGCAGGAGAGAGUUGCGAGGACAAGAGCCCCCCCGGGCCGGCCUCCAAGAGGGUGCGAACAGCCUACACCAGCGCGCAGUUGGUGGAGCUGGAGAAGGAGUUUCACUUCAACCGCUACCUGUGCCGGCCGCGCCGCGUGGAAAUGGCCAACCUACUCAACCUGACCGAGCGGCAGAUCAAGAUCUGGUUCCAGAACCGCCGGAUGAAGUACAAAAAGGACCAAAAAGCCAAAGGCAUCAUGCACUCCCCCGUCGGACAGUCCCCGGACCGCAGCCCCCCUCUAAGCGGCCCAAACCACGUCGGCUACUCCAGCCAGCUCCCUGGCGUCAACAGCCUCAGCUACGACUCGCCCUCGCCCACCUCCUUCGCCAAGUCCCAGCAGAGCAUGUACGGGCUGGCCGCCUACACGGCGCCGCUGAGCAGCUGCCUGCCGCAGCAGAAGCGCUACGCGGGCGCGGAGUACGACCCCCAUCCCAUGCAGAGCGGCGGCGGCGGCGGCUUCGCCAACCCCAGUCUGCAGGGCAGCCCCGUCUACGUGGGGGGCAACUUCGUGGACUCCAUGCCGGCCUCGGGCCCCAUGUUCAACCUGGGGCACCUGCAGCACCCCUCCUCCGCCAGCGUGGACUACAGCUGCGCCGCCCAGAUCCCCGGCGGCCACCACCACGGACCUUGCGACCCCCACCCUACCUACACGGACCUUUCCUCCCACCACACCUCUCAGGGACGGAUGCAGGAGGCGCCCAAGCUCACGCAUCUGUAGCGGGGCGGCGGCCAGCGGGCCCCGCUCCCCUCUCCAU